AUCAUUCAGUUCAGUAUAUUAUUUUUUAAUCGAUAUUUAUUUAUUUGUAUGAUAUUAGGGAUUCGAACCCUCACUCUCGCACUCACAUCUCUUCGCUCUUCAAAAAACCACAGCAUGGCGCGUUCUUGUCCCAGUCCGUUACAACCUGCGAUGCUUUUGGGCGCUCCUUCUUUUCCCAACGCCAUUGCUUGGUCCGACGACAACCUCAUUGCCGUUGCUUCCGGCCACCUCGUCACCAUUCUUAGACCUGAUUUGCCUGUUGGUGGACCACGAGGCGUAAUUAAAAUCGUCCCAAGCCAGCCUCUUUGUGUAGGACUUGUAGAAAGACAAGAUUUACUCUCUGGAUGCCUCCUGCCAACGGCUUUGUAUAGGGAUGAUAAGCCUGUGGUCCGAUCAAUAUCAUGGUCUCCGCUUGGCAUGGCUGCUAAUUCAGGAUGUUUGAUCGCUGUUUGCACCUCUGAAGGACAUGUGAAGAUUUAUCGUCCGCCUUUUUGUGAUUACUGUGCUGAAUGGAUUGAGGUUGUGGACAUAACUAAAAGGCUGUAUGAGAAUCUUAAAUGUACAGAGUUUCGAGGUAUAGGGAUUGCCACAUUGGAUAAAAAUGCAUCAGAUCGAAUGGAUUCUUUGUAUAAUCAUAAUGGGAAAUUGUUAAAAGAAAAGCCUGAGAACCACUGGCCCCUGAUAAGUGCUGAUCAAUAUGCUUCUCGUAGUGCAAUGCUAUGUUCCCUUGUUGUUUCAUGGUCUCCCUUGCUGCAUUUAGCAUCUAAAUAUUAUCCAGUUUGCGGUUCUUUCAGUCUGCUUGCUAUUGGAGGGAAAUCUGGUAAAAUUUCUUUAUGGAGGUUUCAUCCACCAGAUUGUUAAACUAUUGACGACAAAGAUGUUCCAACUACUGUGAAGUUUCUUGGCCUCCUUCAUGCACACAAUUCUUGGGUUACUACUAUAAGUUGGUUGUUGUUUGCUUCUGAUCCUUCAAAUCCUCAAAUUUUAUUAGCUUCUGGAAGCUCUGAUGGGAGUGUGAAGAUUUGGUUGGCUGACAAUGACAAAUUGCUGUCCAAAAUGGAUCAAACUUCCUUCUCGCUAUUGAAGGAGGUUAUGACACAAAAUGCUGUCCCAGUUUCUGUACUCUCAGUAAAUGUGCAUGUUCAAUACCCUUCGAAGAUUCUUUUAGCCAUUGGCAAAGUUUCUGGUUCAUUUGAAAUAUGGCUAUUCGACAUAUCUUCAAGGGAAUUUGAUAAGCUUGGCUCAUAUUAUGCUCAUGAUUAUGUCGUUACGGGAUUGGCCUGGGCAUUCGGUGGAAGAUUUUUAUACAGCUGUAGCCAGGUUAUAAUCUUUUUCUUAAGUGAUUUGACUAAUUUUGUAUACGUUCAAUUUAUGACUUUGGCAGAAAAGAAAUAUCAUACUUACGUGGACAUAAAAUACAUUGCUUGAUCCAUACCAAGUUUCUUCAGCAUUUGUAUCUUCGUUUCUACCAAUUACAUUCAUGAUUUUCAUUUCCAUGGUUAAACAUGCUUUGAUAAUUGUGUAGAUUAUAUGGAUUACAGUUGGAUCCCUGCACAUUAGAAAGACAAAAGGGAAAGGAAAUCACAGGGAGAGAGAAUUUGAAAAGUUACUUAAUUUGUGAUUUUUGUAUUUUGGAAUUAAAUCAUUAUGGGAUCUGACUACAUAAGGCUAAUUAUAGUCGAAAGGCUGGUUGCCAAAUCUGUAGUCUUCUGAAGUCUGUUACAGAAGAUUCUAGAACCUUAGAACUAUAUAACUAACUGUGAGAUUUAAAUAACAUAUCCAGAGGCAUGUUAGGGCAAUGUAUUUGUUAAAGAUAUGAUAAUUACAUCAAAUAGGGAAAUAUGAUAUGAUUUAUUACAUUAAACGGGAAAAUAUGAUAUGAUUUGAUUACACCUGUAGAGAAAUAUUUGCUUAAUAUUUCUCAUAUAACUUAUUGUUUUAUUCCUUAUUCAAUGUAUAUCUUCUUCAUUAUAAUAAAAAAUACUUGGUUAAUAUGAAAUU